CGUUUCCACUGCGGCGUGCCGCGCCCGCGGCCCGCUCGAGGCUCGUUUCGUCUCGGCUCUCCGAUGGCCCGAGGAGGCCGGGGAGGAGGCGGCCGCGGCGGCCGCGGCCGCGCGGGAGGCGGCGCGGGAGGCGGCGCGGGCGCACGGCGAGGAGCAGCGCGGGGUACUCGAGAAGUACGACGGGGACGGCGACGGCUUCCUCAGCCGGGUGGAGCUGGGCGUGCUGGCGGAGGAGCAGUACGCGCUGCGGCUGCCGGACGACGCCCUGGACGCGCUGUACGGCGGCCUCGCGGAGGCGCGCCCGGUGGCGGCCUCGCGGGCGGGCGCAGGCGCGGACGGCGCGCCGGAGGAGGCGCCUGCGCCCGAGCUGCGCGGGGUGCCGGUGGGCGCCUGGCAGCGCCUGAGGGUCGCGCUGGGGAUCCGACGCGAGCUGGUCAGGGACCGCGCCCGGAGGGCCGCCAGGGAGGUGCGGCAGGGGGGCUGGCAGUGCGACCUGGAGCAGACGCUGGCCGAGGUGGGGGGCCUCGAGGCGCAGGUCGCGGAGGCGCAGGGCGAGGGGGAGGGCCUGGGCGAGCUGGGCGAGGGCACCCCGGCGGCGGAGCUGGCGAGGGCCCUGGCGCAGGCCGCCCAGAGGCUGCUGGACCUGGAGGCGGAGGCGAAGAGGUGCCUGAAGCAGGCCAGCCCGUCGCUGGAGGCGCACCCUGACCAGGAGCACCGCGAGUGGCUCCUGCAGAGCGGGACGGCGAGGGAAAUACGGGCCCGCGCCGGAACGAUGUUGGCCGCUCUCAAGGCCGCCGCGGCGGUGCACGCCGAGUUCCGCAAGCGGGUGGUUGAGAAGUCGAACCAGGAGAGCGAGAUCAUGCAGACGAAGGUCGCCAACGUGCUGCAGGCUCACGCCGACGACUGCGCCGUGUUCAUCGCCACGGUCGACGGCGAGAACGAGGGCAACGGCGUGCUCAGCCGGGACGACGUCCUGGGUUUCCUCAGGCCGCGGUGGGAGGAUCCCGUCGACGAGUUCCCGGAGGAGGCGGUCACAGGUUGGCUCAGCCAGCUUGCGGGCUCGAACGACGGGGUAGCACGGGAGGCCCUCCUGAGGCCGCAGCGCGUGCGGUAUCGGGUGGAGAAGAACGUUGCGUUGACGGACGGGCUGAACGUGAAGGAGAGCACCGUAUUGCGGCGCUUGAGACCUGGCGAGUUUGUUUUUCUUUUGGAUAGCCCGAUAUUGGAGGAUGUCUUUCAGGUGAUCAGAAUCAAGGUCCGCACAUCGACUGACGCGGCCGUCGGAUACGUUACCAUCAAAGGUAAUUUGGGCACGACGUACAUUCAGUCACAGCAUGGGGCCGCCGACCGAUCAGACGCUCAGGUGGCAUCGUGACGUCGAA